CAGCACGCCGCUCACGGCGGCGAGGCGACACCUAUCAGCCGCACCUCACCGCACCGCACCGCCGCGAGCGCGUGCAUGCAUUCCGGUGCGCGAGCCGAGCGCCGGCUACGCUUUUAGGCGCGGACUCCUGGACUCCUCCCUUUCUCUGUCCUCCUCGCUGAACACAUACAUACAUACAUACAUACACACACACACCUCGAGCUGAGAGAGGAUGUGGAAGCCCGCCGCCGCCGCGACUGUCCACACCUCGCUCCCUGCGCCGGCGAACGCGCGGGUUCGGAAUGCCGACGCCCGGAAGUGACCGUCUCGUGGCUGUUUUCAAUCACAGGUAAGGAGUCGCGCGACGCCUGUUGCGCACGUAGCCCGUCGCCCCUGCGUGCGCGUGGGGUGCGCGUCUGCGUCUUGAAACCAACGCAGCGUACAAUUUUUAUUCCAGGAAAUAAUGCUGUGUUUCUGCAUUAAUUCGUAGUGGCAAGUAAAUAAGAAUUAAUAAUAAAUGACAAAGCAACCCCCCACAGCCUCUCUCGCGCAUGAAGGCUCUUGGACCACCCCCCGCUAAACCGCUGUGCACUCACAAUGAGACCAUCUGGACCGACCGUUCCUCUGGCCGGAAAGGGGAGGUGGUGAGGGGCCGGACACGGGCGCGAGCGAGCGGUGGUCUGCUGGCUCGGCUCCGGGCCCCAGUGCGGGAUUAUGCUGACGGCUGCAUGUGCCCCAAGGGCUGCACCUGCGUGCGCGCCGACGGCCUCAACGUCACGUGCAGCCGGGCUCACCUGAAGGAGAUCCCGCCUGAGCUGCCGGCAGACACGGCCCUGCUGUGGCUCGACCACAACCAGAUCGCCUCGGUGCCGGCCCGCGCCUUCCAGGGGCUGCGGCAGCUGCGGGAGCUCAACCUCUCCCACAAUGCGCUGGAGACGCUGGGCGAGAGUGCCCUCUGGGGCGUGGAGGGCACCUUGCAGACGCUGGACAUCUCGCACAACCAGAUCAGCCGCGUGCACAAGGACGUCUUCGCCCUGCUGAAGGCCCGCGUCCACGUGGGCCACAACCCGUGGCACUGCGACUGCGCGCUGCAGCAGGCCCUGCGCGGCAUGGCCUACAACCACGAGGCGGCCGGCUGGGUGUUCUGCAAGACCUCCGAGCUGCCCGACUUGGAGGGGCGGCCCUUCCUCGCCGUGGACGCCGACCUCUGCAACCUGGCCAAGCGCACCACCGACUACGCCAUGCUGGUCACCAUGUUUGGCUGGUUCGCCAUGGUCAUCUCCUACGUGGUCUACUAUGUCCGGCAAAACCAGGAGGACGCUCGACGCCACCUGGAGUACCUCAAGUCCCUCCCCAGCAAGCCAAAAAAGCCGGACGACGGGGAGGACGUCAGCACUGUGGUAUGACUUCGCGGGGGGCCCGUGCGGCCUCCGGCCGAACGUGAGCCGCGACGUCGCGGAAACUCUCCCGCCCACCCCGUGGGAUCGGACUCUGGAACGAGGAAGAAAGGAAUUGGAUUCAACUUGUUCUGGGAUGAAAGAUCAAAGUUCUUGUCUUUUCCGAGUUGGUUCUUCCCAUAGUAGGAGGUUUUUCCAAGGAAGCGUCUGUCCUGUGGCCCCCAACAUGGUUUUGUGUUGAAGACCUAGCACUGACUAGUACAGACUGUACAUUAAAUGAACACUGUAGGCAUGUUAUCAAACUGAAGAAAUAAAGAGAU